AUGGAGACAUUGGUGGAUUUAUUAGGAGUUGCAGGUCGCCGCCAUGGCUUACCGAUGGUGGUUUGUUGUAGUUCUCGCGACGAACUCGACGCCGUCUGUUCCGCUGUCUCCAACCUCCCGUGCAUUUCUCUUGCCUAUCUGUACAGUGACCUAGCUGAAUCGGACCGAAACGUAGUUUUAGAGGAAUUUAGGAAAGCAACAGUAAGGUGGAGCCAAAAUGUAAAUGCUGCUCAAUUAGGAGAUGGCAGUGGCGGCGUUUGUAGCGGUGUUGAAAUCGGAAAUAAUGAUGAGAAUAAUAAUAAUAAUAAUCAUACUAAAUCACAUAUGAUAGUUGUAACAGAUGCCUGUCUUCCUCUUCUUGCGUUGGGCGAGGCUCCUGUUUCCGCUCGUGAAACAUAUUUGAGACGCAUGAACACUUGCUUGGCUGCAGAUGGGAUUGUAAUCAAUUUAGUUGUUGGUGGUGAAGUGGUAACUCUUAAAAGCGUUGAAGAAAGCAGCAGCCUUGUCAUAGCUGAAAUGCCCAUAAAUGUGAGUUUGUUGCGUGUUAUCUGUUCUCCUAUUAAUGAGUUUGAAAAUAUAUCAGGGUAG